AAUUAGCAUGUACUGUCACAUUUACAUGCGGUUAAUCUUUGUUUUAAAAGUGGGACUUUAGUUUUGUAGGCGGUCAUGCUAACCGAAGAGAUUUAGUUUGUUUUCACGAAGCUGAACUAUAUCUGGACUGUUUUUAUUGGAUCCGUAGGUUCUGCAGUGCUUCAAAUUUUUCUUCUUUAGGAUUUUUAGGGAACGGUUUCAUUUUUAGAAGUUUACUGCAAAGAACGGGAAAACUUUUAAAGGGAACGAAAAUUAGAAAAUGGUCCGUGUGAAAGUUUCAGCUGUGUGACUAAUGUCGGGUGGGAGAAACUACCUCAAAGCGUUAGGUUUACAGCGUCGUGUCCCAGGUUAAUAAUGAAUUUAUAUUUGUUUAGCAAAACCCUGUUUAAACGCUGUCUGAAAUACGCCAACAAAAAUGAAGUAUAUGAGCGAGGUUAUUGGCUGCAAAUGUGCAGAUUCAAAACAUCUGCACCAAAAAACUUCUGCGAUUAUGAGAGCAUGAGACAGGCUUACAACAUACAAGUUCCUCAGCAGUUUAAUUUCGCCAAAGAUGUGCUCGAGCAGUGGGAAACAAAAGAAAAGAAUGGACAGAGGUCAUCUCUUCCAGCUCUGUGGUGGGUGAAUGACAGCGGAGAAGAGGUCAAAUGGAGUUUUGAAGAGUUGGGCUUUCACUCCAGAAAACUUGCAAAUGUUCUGCAUCAGGUGUGCAGUUUGGAAAGAGGGGAUCGUGUGUUCCUUCUUUUACCCCGAGUCCCUGAGUGGUGGCUGGUUAAUGUAGCAUGUCUCAGAACAGGUACGGUUCUGAUCCCUGGCACCUCUCAGCUCACGGCUCGAGAUAUCCGCCACAGGCUGCAGUCGUCUGGCGCCAAGUGUGUAAUCACAGAUGAAACUUUGGCACCACUGUUGGACACAGUAGCUUCAGAAUGCCCUUCCAUCUCCACCAAGCUUCUGCUGUCCCACAGGGCCAUGCACGGCUGGGGCAACCUAACAGAACUCAUGGGAAGAGUGUCAGAUGAUCAUGUUUGCGUGGACACCAGGAGUGAGGAGGCCAUGACUAUCUUCUUCACUAGUGGAACAACUGGCUCCCCAAAAAUGACCCAACAUAGCCACUGUAGUUAUGGUCUGGGACUCACGGUGAACGGCAGGUACUGGCUGGAUCUGACUGAGCAGGAUGUUUUUUGGAACACGUCAGAUACGGGUUGGGCCAAGUCGGCGUGGAGCAGCGUCUUUGCUCCAUGGAUCCAGGGAGCAUGUGUGUUUGUUCACCACAUGCCACGCUUUGAUACAAGUACAGUUCUCAAGACUUUGAGCAGCUAUCCCAUCACCACCUUCUGCACGGCACCAACAGCCUAUCGAAUGCUUGUACAGGAUGACAUAUCCAGGUAUAAGUUCCAGGCUCUUGAGCACUGUCUGUGUGCAGGAGAGCCCAUUAACCCAGAGGUGAUGUGGAAAUGGAAAGAGCUCACUGGGCUGGACAUCUAUGAAGGAUACGGACAGACUGAGACUGUUUUAAUAGCAGGCACAUUCAAAGGCAUGAAGAUCAAACCAGGAUCUUUUGGAAAGGCAUCACCAGGAUAUGAUGUUCAGGUGAUAGAUGAAAAUGGUUCUGUUGUGCCACAAGGACAAGAGGGAAACCUCGGCAUCAGAGUGAAACCAGACAGACCCUUCUCUCUUUUUACAGAGUAUACGGGGGAGCCGGAGCGCACGGCAGAGUGUUUCUGUGGUGAUUUCUACCUGACAGGUGAUAGGGGAAUGAUGGAUGAAGAAGGAUACCUGUGGUUCAUUGGCAGAGCUGAUGAUGUCAUCCUGUCCGCAGGGUACCGCAUUGGUCCAUUUGAGGUGGAAAAUGCUUUGAUAGAGCAUCCAGCUGUAGCAGAAUCUGCUGUGGUCAGCAGCCCUGAUCCGGUUCGAGGAGAGGUGGUGAAGGCUUUUGUAGUGCUGACAGCAGAUUUUAAAUUUAGAGACCAUAAGGAACUGAUCCAGGAACUGCAAACACAUGUGAAGACUGUCACGGCUCCUUAUAAAUAUCCACGCAAGAUUGAAUUUGUGGAUCAUCUGCCCAAGACGAGUGCGCCUUUAUUCCUCAAGAGCAUGAUGUCAUGUGACUGAUGACAGAUGGCAGGCACAAAUCUGAUCUUUGCUGAAUGAUGAGAGGAUUUUAAGGUUAUGAAGAUUUCUAAAUUUCUAGAAGCGUUACCCUACAGAGAGGAAUGCAUUGACUUUUCAGAUGACAAAUCUGUUGGUAAAUUAGUUUUGACCACUAAUGGGGAUACACAGCAUCACCACUACAGCAGACAGAUGACUUUUCAAAAAAAAAAAAAAAAAAUUAUUAACGCCCACAGUUUAUGAAAAAUGAAAGGGUACAUUUUUCAAACUGCUAAAACCAAGCUGUAAAUUGCCCACACUGGUUAUUCAAGGACCAUAGAGGCAGAAAUGUAGUGGCGCAGCACACUCACUAUAAUACAGUAAUGAGAGACAGGUGCUUGCAUAAUUGACCUGUUAAUGGGGCUUAUGUUUAUCGGGUGGAAAAACAGAGCCAUACUCUUUAUUACUGAAAUAUCAAGCCAAAAUGUGCCAGACAUCAUUCAACUGCUUCCUGGCCUAUGCCAUGAAAUCAGACUUUGGAUGUUUGUUUUGACAGUCUGAAGGAUGUCAGCCUGAAAACAGCAGUUGUUUGUGUAUCUCAGAGUGAAUUGAAUCUGUCGGAUUUGGUUUGCAGCAACUGUUCUGAAUUGCUCAAACUGCAAACUGGCUGUCAAAACCUGUGAGCUGCUUACCUGUCCUUGCAAAACAACAAGUACUGUGGCUGUACCAUGAAUGGUACCAAAUGGUAAUAUGGGUAUAAUGGUAUACAGUGGGCUCCAGGUUUGAGAUUUGAAUAGAAAACUUGGACUUCAGAAUGUCCUAUUCAGUAUGUUAUUAACAUUAACAUGUUUUUUAGCUUUUUAGUUCUUAAAAUUGUAAGUUAUACUGAUCAUUCUACAGAAUUGGUUCAAAGUCAGAGUUGGAAACAUCUUGAAAAAAAUGUCUUUUUCCACUAAUUUUGUAUGUAUGCAAAUUGUAUAAUAUCCAAGGUACUCAUUUCUAGUAAUUGUACAGUUAAUUCUCAUAUUGUAUUUU